CUGAAUUUAGCAAUCUGUUUUCGCCACAUGUCUGUUGUGGAUUUAUAAUUUGUAAUUAAUCCAUUCUCAUCUGGGUCACCAGUAGUCCUACAACAAUCAAUAUAUAGAAAUAUAGGGACUAUAUAAUCGAGGAUCCGUGCACAAGCGACUUCCAUCCAGACCCGACGUUCUUUCCUGAUUUUGAAGGCUUUGACAGAAGCUGAGAGUGAAGGAUCAACAUGCCCAGGUCUUUUUUGGUAAAGAGUAAGAAAGCGCACAGCUACCAUCAACCGAGGUCCAUAGAAGACGACUUCAACAGACUGGAUAAUAUUUUAGCACAUAUAUGUGCAGAAAGUAAAAUUCCAGAAGCCGAGUCUCCAGGUUCAGAUUCCAAAGGCAGAUUCUCGCCAGAGUCUCACCUGGUUGAGACGGCUGACUUCUCCUCCAAGUCACCGCUGAGCUGUGAGGGUAGUGUCUGUGGCAGAUCUUCAGACGAUGAAGAUUACUGGAGGCCGCCUUCUCCCUCAGCAUCACCGGAUUCAGAAAAGUCACUCUCUCCAUCUGCCGACGAGAGUCACCCGUUCUCCAUCCCUUUCAGUCCCUAUGCCUGGAGUGAUUACCCUGGAUCUGAACUGAGACACCUGAUGCAGCAGAAUUAUCGCCAUCCUGCCCUCCAAAAACGGAGCACCACCCUAGCGCUUUAUGGCGAGAAUGGCUCCGACACUGCUCUGUUUAGCGAGCGGAGUUCAGCAAUGGGACUUUACAACGAUUAUAGCUCGGCGACCGGAAUCUUCGAACGAAACUCCCCCAUUAGACGCUAUCCGGAGCACGACCGCCGUCUCCACGACAAGGUGCCCGAGAUCAAAUCUGAGUCAGACCAGCUCUGCACCCGCCUUCUUCUCAACGAAUCGUACAAGUGUAUUAAAUGUAGCAAGGUGUUUUCCACUCCUCACGGGUUGGAGGUCCACGUGCGAAGGUCUCACAGUGGUACCAGACCUUUCGCCUGUGAAAUCUGUGGGAAAACAUUUGGGCACGCAGUAAGCUUGGAGCAACACAGAGCAGUCCAUUCUCAGGAGCGAAGUUUUGACUGCAAAAUAUGCGGUAAAACUUUUAAAAGAUCUUCAACUUUGUCCACUCACUUGCUAAUUCAUUCUGAUACCAGACCUUAUCCCUGUCAGUACUGUGGCAAAAGAUUUCAUCAGAAGUCAGACAUGAAGAAACACACCUUCAUUCACACAGGUGAGAAGCCUCACAAGUGCCAGGUGUGUGGGAAAGCUUUCAGUCAGAGUUCCAACCUGAUCACGCACAGCCGCAAGCACACCGGCUUCAAACCGUUUGGCUGUGACCUCUGCGGAAAGGGGUUCCAAAGAAAAGUGGACUUGAGAAGACACAAAGAAACACAGCACGGACUGAAAUAAUAAUCACAAGAAAACACGAACUUCAAAACAGCGCAUCUGGGGAAAACAAACCCGCCACACCAAACACUAAACUGUACAGGAGCCGGUCAGUGAGGGCGUUUUUACAGACCAUUACUUAUUUGAACGUUCUUCCCAAACGCCACUGCCGGUAUUCAAACCCUCAGUACAGGCCAGUGUUAUAUAUUGUAAAAGAGCAAUGAUGGCCUGUAUAAUGAAACACAACAUAUUGAAAAAAGGCUUGUUUAAAAAAAAAAAAAAAAAAAAAAAAAAGUCAAAUUACUGCUGGAGAAAAAACACAUUCUGAAAUGCACUACAUGAUGCGACCAGAGAUUAAUUUCGCAAAUACAAGAACUCUUUCUGUAGUGAAUAUAUGUGUGUUGGAGAACACGUUAAAGCUUUUGUUAAGGUAUCACUGAUUAUAAGCACAUAUGUCAAUCAGUAUUUUUUGUGUCAGUGACAUACCUUCAAGGCAAAUAGAUUUUGCACAGUUUUUUUUUUUUUUUUUUUUUUUUUCACGUGACUUUGUUGUGGUCACUUAACGGCACAUGUUUGAGAGGGGUGAACCUAACUUGCUUUGUGGAUCGUUUCAAUAGAGAGAAUUAACUUCCAAAAACUGUGGGCGUCUCUGAAGGGCAACCCACUGAAUACUAUUGUGUGAUAUGCCUUGUAAUUAUCCUGCCUGUAGUUAUGACAAAAAACGUGCUUGUAAACGAUGUUAUAUCUUGGAGUUAUUUGAAAUUUGCUGUGUGAUGCUAUAUUUCCUAUUUAUUGAUUAAAUAUACUUUUAAAUAAAC